CCAAUUCCAAAUUCCCAUUCCUGUCGCAUCCAUUGCCCUUGCCCCUCCAAGUCAAAAACCUGCAUCUGGAGCAUUCUAUCACGAAAGUGAUAAUUCAGAGUACUUUGAAUCAGUUACCUAGAUUAAUCAGAAGCAGCCAUGGGAAAAGCCAAGGCAACUAAGUCCAAAGGCGCAAAGUCGGGUCCCUACGAACGACCCUCCAAGCACCCGGCCGCCAAUAAUGUCUUCAAGUUUAGCAAGGAUUUUGGACAACAUAUUCUAAAGAACCCGGGUAUUGCAGAGAGCAUAGUAGCCAAGGCGAAUCUUAAACCGACCGAUACUGUCCUAGAAGUUGGUCCUGGUACGGGUAACUUGACAGUCAAGAUCUUAGAGCAGGCCAAGAAAGUCAUUGCCGUGGAAAUGGAUCCCAGAAUGGCUGCCGAAACAACGAAACGUGUACAGGGGAAGCCGGAGCAGAAAAGGUUGGAAGUAUUGCUCGGAGAUGUCAUCAAGACCACCCUUCCUCAGUUCGAUGUCUGUAUUUCGAAUACCCCUUACCAGAUUUCGUCACCUUUAGUAUUCAAACUUCUCGCCCUCCCAAAUCCACCCAGGACAUGCAUACUCAUGUUCCAACGAGAAUUCGCAUUGCGUCUUACGGCGCGUCCGAAUGACCCUCUAUACUGCCGUCUCUCCGUAAAUGCGCAAUUCUGGGCACGGAUAACGCACAUUUUAAAAGUUGGAAGAAACAACUUCCGACCUCCUCCACAAGUAGACUCAAGUGUGGUGCGGAUAGAGCCCAAAUUGGGAUCAGAGCGCCCAAAUAUUAGCUUUGAGGAGUGGGAUGGCAUGCUAAGAGUAUGUUUCAACCGGAGGAACAAGACCUUGAGAGCCUCGUGGCUUGGCAAUAAAGAAGUCCUCUCCAUGCUGGAACGAAAUUACCGACUUUGGUGCGCCACAAACAACAUCCUCGUCGACGACACCGUAAUAGAUGAUGCUGAGGAUGACGCAGACGAGAUGGAUUAUGACGAGCCAGAUUUUGCAGGAUUUGGGGACGAAGAGACCAUGGACGUUGACGGAGCUGUCGACGAGGACACCCCCUCAUUCUUCCAAGAGCUGAAGAAUGCUGGUAGUGAGGUACCCAAAACGAAAAGCAAACGGAAGAAGACGAGGGUGGCUCUUUUGAUUAAAGAGAAAGUUCGAAAAGUUCUCGAGGACGUGACGGAGCUUGCCGAGAAGAGAAGCGGCAAAUGUGACGAGAACGACUUUCUCCGUCUUCUUGCGGCUUUUAAUGCAGAGGGGAUACAUUUCUCGUAAAAGCUUGACUGUGGUUAUCCAUAUCGCAUGCAAUGGAUAAGUUGCGACAUAGGCGUUAUAGGAGGGUCACGAUUUAUAAGCAUAUGGCAUGAGAAGCCACGGCGUUUAAGUUUAAAAGGACCUGAAUGUCUUGCGACCAUAUCGUGGGGUUGGUCGGCA